AGACUUUAUUUACGCGCAAUGUGGAGAAUGUGGCUCCGCGGUGAGGAGGAGACUCCUGAUAACUCCGCGGGGUUUUCAUCGGGUUUGCGCUCCUCUCUACGAUCACCUGGAUCUAAAGCAGACAUGCAGAUGCGGCAGAUAUCGGACACUUUUCGCUCUUAUUUAUGAUACUUUGCAUGCGGUGCCUUUCCUGUGAUGGGGGGACGCGCACGGAGCUGCGGCGCACUGGUCCUUCUGGCCAUCCUUGGCUCCUGCCGAGGCGUAACGCUGAAGCCAAUCGACUGGAGCAGCUCCAACACCAAAUUCACUUCCACUCAGGGUUUGGUCCUCUACCCUCAGAUAGGGGACAAGAUGGACAUUGUUUGUCCCCGGGCUGAUCCCUCAUCAGGUAGGACAGAGGAGUUCUACAAAGUCUACCUGGUGACCAAACGUCAGAUGGAGAGCUGCAGUGUGGAGAAGACGGACACGCCUCUGCUUAACUGUGACAAGCCUGACCAGGAUGUCAAAUUCACAUUCAAGUUUCAGGAGUUUAGUCCAAACCUCUGGGGCUUGGAGUUCCUCAAGGGGAGGGACUAUUAUAUCACUUCCACCUCUACAGGGUCUCUAAAAGGGCUGGAUAAUAUGAGUGGAGGGGUGUGCAGGUCCAAAUCCAUGAAACUGGUGCUGAGAGUCGGCCAAAAUUCCUCCGAGCCACUUUUAACGCUUCAGGAGUCCCCGACCAGAUUCCCACCUGCACCACCAAAGACAAAAAACAAGGAUAUCUUCACAAAAGGUAUGGGCUCUGAAGCUGGACAGGCAUUCCCCUCAGGGCCGGGUGUCAUCGUUUGGGUCAUAUCUGGCUGCUUGAUCCUGCUCCUGGUCACUGCAGUUGUUUUAGUGCUGCUGUGGAAGUACCAUCGGCGCUGCUGUGUCCCUGAUCGGCAGCAGCAGCACCAGCCGCCUGUCUCCGUGUCCCUGAGCACUUUGGCUGUGCCGAAGCGGGACAGCAUCAGCAGCGAUAACGACGGCUCAGACCGUAGCGAGGUUGUCUUCCCUCUGCGGCCCUCAGAAAGCAUGAUCUGCCGUCACUAUGAGCGUGUGAGCAGUGAUUAUGGCCCUCCUGUGUAUAUAGUUCAGGAGAUAAUGCCUCAAAGCCCCACCAACGUCUACUACAAAGUUUAAUGUGUGCUGCUCUUAUGAUUUCUCAUUAAGAAUAACUUUGCAAGAAGAGGACUCCAGCUGUCAACUUUAAACUAAAGUCUGGGUUUGAAUUCCUUUAUACCUUGCAGAGACUUCUGUCCUACUGUCUACAAACAUUGAAAUGGAUCUACAAAACGCGGUGAAGGACAGUCUGAUCGAACAAAUAUCCUGUUACACAUCAUUCCUGUUACUCAUUAACAGAGAAAUAAGAUUUAUUUAUGAGAAAAUGUCUUUUUACUGCUACCCUUGUGUGAGAGAGUUAACUGUAGUUUAUUUAACUCAUUGAUGAAUAAAGCACUGAAGAAUAUUGAACAGAAAUAGAUUAGUUUUUUUCAGCAUCUGUUGUCUAAACAUGUUUGAAAUCCUGUGAACUAAAAGAUAAUACAGAUAUUUAUUAAACUGAAUCAAUAAUCUA